CGUCAGUCGUUAGCCAAAAGUCGGACGAGAUUGCUGCAAAAUUAAAAACAUCUUCGGUCACACGCGCGCAGAUAAAAAAAAAGAAUAAAAACAAAAAUAAUUCCGACUUGAUAGACUUUUACACAGAUGUGUAUAUAUUUUAGUGUGUAUAGCUAUAGUUAGAUACAAAGUGACCAAAAGGCAAGAGCAAGGAGCAGAAGCGCAGAGAAGCACAAGAGAAAAUCGCACUAUCGUCUCAAGUUACCCCUCUUAUAUAUUAUUAUAUAUUCUUUAACUUGAAAAAUCAGCAACGGAAAAACCACCCCUUCGAGAAAUUUUCUCUAUAUAAAAUUUAGUGUAAUUUUCUUCUCUUAAUAAAUAUUUACCCAUACACCCGGCGUGCUAUCCAACAAGCAGUAGUGGCAGUAAAGCCGAGUGUACUCCUGCCCACUCCCCCGGUUUGCGCUGUGCUGUACUGGUCCUUUUAGUUUCCUACAAUCGUUUCCCUCGUGUUGUUUGGUCGGUUAGAUACCAAGGAGUUAUCCUUACGUAUUAUCAUAGCUUCAGAGAAAGUCGUGCACCACAUCUAACUCGACUCUCUUACGGUUCGGACCUAAAAAGCGUAUAUUUCUUAGAUCCUUGUACAAGAACGUCAAAAUCUACCAAAAAAUAAAGCACCGAAACCAAACCGGAUUCGAGUAUCGUGAUUGAUUCGAACAAUAUCGAAUCGAACAGUUUCGUGAUAAAAUACCAUCACAGCCAGCAAAUUGUGUUGAUUACAGAAGCUCAAAAAUUCUAAGACCAAUAGCUCAAUCUGCACUCAGCCUCACAUCAGUACAUUUGCGAGAAAAGUAUCAAUACCGUGUUAAAAGGAAAUCGAUCGCUGAAAACCAGAAUCUUAUUUCGAGGAUUAAGUGGUGAAAAUACAGUGUUACGCGCAAAAUACAAACAAAUCAUGGCCAACAACCAAGACACAAUGUUGGCUAUAAGUCUGCUGAAUCCAAAGGAUUACACCACGUCCGACCUGCAAAAGUCCAGCAAUGCGGUCGAGCCUCGAAAAUCAGUGUUCCAAUUAGGCGAAAUAGUGUUCUUGCUUUGAACAUGUUCCUUAGUUGACUUUUAGUUCUACAAACAAAAUAAUCAUACGAACCAAAUAAUAAACGACUAUAUCUAGUGUGUGUGAAAUGUUCUCCAGGAAAACAAGUAAAUAUAUCAUAGACCAUCUUGAUUCAUUAACCAUCGACGAACGUAAAGCUAAUACAGUUUGACUCUGUAGAAGAUGCUAACAGAGAAAUCUAAAACCAGGCGUCAAUAUGAAAAAGAUACGCAAACUGGUCAAUUUGCUGCAAAAUGUCAUCCGGAAGAAAUGAGUGAAAAAUUAUGUGAAACUACAAAAUGGUCAGACAACUACAAUGACGAUUGAUGGCCUGCGAUGCCUGAUCGUUCAUUGGACUUUAGAAGCUAAAUAGGUAAACCAAUAAAAAAAAACACUACAAUGAACCUUAUGAUCAAGCAGUUAAAAACUUACUCCCAGAUAAACACAGAUGCAAAAGGUAGUGGCCAACAGUUGCACUGAUACCCCCCAAAGUUUAGUUUUUCGCAUUUUUUACUACUGCAAAAAAUCCCCACGACCAACAGAAAACAUCAGUGAGAGUGAAAAUGUUCGAAAAAGUUAAGAAAGAGGAAAAAUAGCAAACAGUCUGAGUGAAGUAUUUUAAGUUUGAGCUAACCAAACAUCUACUGAGGAAGACAGAUUAAUGAUCAACAAAGAAAAGUAAAGGUUCAUUACAACCACCAAGGACUCGUUCUUAUUUUAAGUGCAAUAAAUCAUAAGAAACACUACUUAGUGAAAAAUCAGCGAAAAUAAAUCGUGAACACAAUCUGAAAUGUGUCAGUGUAAACUAAAUGUAGACUAAGUCCCCCAAAAACGCUAAAACUAAGGGAACUACCCGCGUGGAAACGACGAAUUUCGCCGUCGCGCUUGAUGACGAAUUCAUUCCAAGUUCCUGGACAACAACCAAAACUAGAAGACAAAUGUGAUCAAGUCAAGUGAAAGUGUGUGUGUGCAUCCAAAAGGAAGAGAAAACAAAAUACAAAAAGGUGGAUACUCGCUCCCCGCAAACAAGCACAGGAAAAAACGCAUAAAAAAUAUUACGUGGAAACAAUGCGGAAGAAAAUCACAAACAGAAAGUGAAACUUAGCGCUACUCGGAAGUGAAAGUGACUAAUAAUAAGCUGAAGAAGACAGUAACUGAAAAUAAACAAUUGCACAAACGGUGUAUAGCUAUCAAGCCGAAAACAUAGAACAAAUUUUUAAACCACUCCCGCAGUAAGACUCCGCGCAACCGUCGACGUCCGUGGCUUCGUCCAUUUUGCUUUCACUUACGUUUUCGUAAACGUCAGCGUCGUGACGGUGGCUGCUGGCAGUGCUAUCAUCGUUCACAUCGGAUGAGGAAAAGUACCGUGCCGAGCGGAAGCAGAAAAAGAAAAUCGGUGCGGAUUAGACGCAGGUGGCCACUGCGACAGCGGAAGCGGAGGAGAAAAAACUGUGUGUUUGAUGAUCGGUCGGUGCACUAGCAGAAAGCAUACAGAAUAGCCGAGACGAAAAUGUGAACCAAGUUAUACGGAGAGUAGAGAGAGAAAAAAGAAAAAAAUAAAAACAAUCGAGAAGAAUGAUCAAACAAGAACAGACUGUGUUUGUGGACGGUUUGAAUAUGAUACUCCCACUAAUUGCACCGAUUCGACUUUUACCCAAAGAAUGCCUUAAAAUCCAGGUCAAUGCAAUGGAAGGGGAAACAUAAGGCCGGGUUAAGAGAGGGGUAUUGUUCGGAAUUGUUGGAAGGGGCGCUCGUCAGUCGUCAUCGUCGUCGUCGUCGUCGCAGUCGUAGUCAGCAUUCAAGUCGUCGCAUGUACUGCCGUCGUGGUUUUCGGUAUUGUAGUAAGAAGUAUAGUGGCAAAUACGACCGGGCGCAAAACCAUCAACGACAGUGGAGAGGGGAGAAUUUCUCCCACCGUGCGCUGGUCUGUGGGCCAAUAAAGUUGUUUGCCACUUAUGAUGUCAUCAGAGGAGGACACUGAUUCUUUCGGUUUGUACGUCGAUAAGUUGCUAAAGAAACACAAACGAGCCAGACAGCGCGUAGACGCGGGAGAGCCAAGAAAUAGUUAUUCUUCGAUACCGAACUUUAGUUCAAGACCGUCCUUCAUGAGCGGUGGUCUAUACGGGGCUAUUUUUAGCCAAAGCCAGCAACAUUUUGGUGGACUGUUUGGUCCCGGUGGAUACGGACCGGCAAACAAGAUGCUCAACGAGUUGUUGGGAAGACAAGUUAAGCAAGCACAAGACGCCUCUGAUCCGGACAGUGUUAUGCUAUCGUCGAUUGAAGCAGCCAACGCAGUGGAUAGCAAUACCCCAACAAGCAAACAUGGAUUUGAAAGUACGACAAAUCUGAACAACAAUAAUAAUAGUACGAAUAACAACAAUACCAGUGCUAAUAACAAUUCACCCACAUCGGAUGGAUCAGUUUCCAUGAUGGGACGAAGGAGAAGUAAUAGUCAGAACAACACAGCCAACAGUGGCAACCAAAACAGUAACAGCAACAGCAGUGGUGUUAUAGACCUUGACGGUGGUUCUAGAACACCACAGCCAAAUGAUCUGGCACAUCACAUGUUGCGCAAUAUUCUCCAGGGCAAAAAGGAAUUAAUGGCCCUCGAUCACGAGCUGCGAUCGGUGAGCAACCAGAGCAGUGUGCUUGGUGAUCGAAUAUCGCCCGAUAACAAUAAUGUGAUUAGCAAGAAUAACAAUAUUUAUGACAUUACAAAGUGUGAAACGAUAAAUGGUGAUGUUAGUGACUCUGACCAAGGUGCUAAUAACAAUAGUGCUUCAACCAAAGUGAACCACAAGAACAACGCUUCAAAUAAUCAAACCAAUAACAGUGAUAACAGUCAAGCUAAUAGGCCAAUUUCUAUCGACUCGAAUCCUAGCAAUUGUGAUGAUCUGCUAGUUUCGGAUCUGGCUCAUACUGAGCGACUUUUGAAUGGAGGUGUUAACUCUAAUAGCACUGUAGGCAGUAAUCGGUGUGCCAGUGUGAACCCUAAGCAGGAAAAAAGUGAUGUGAUUGACGAACUGGUGGCAUCGCUCCCGGAAGACGCUGAUGAAACUAUGCCGUCUCCUGCUUCGGGCAGCAACGGUGUGAUAAUUACCAAACAAGAGCUGGACAUUGAUGAGUGCCUAGAGGAUAAAGAUAGGGAUACCAGAACACCGAGUCCGGUGCUAAGCAAGAAUGAUUCAGAAUCACUUACGCUGAAGCGGGCACGAGUAGAGAACAUAGUGUCAUCGAUGCGUGUUAGUCCAGCUUUGUUGUCGUCGCAGCCAGGUCAAGUAAAUGGGUGUAAGAAACGUAAGUUGUAUCAUCCACAACAGCACGACAACAGUGCUGCUGAGCGUUAUGCUGCUGCGGCGGCAGCAGGACUAAAUCUGGGUCUUACAUUGCAAAAUUAUAUGCUUGGUGUCAGUGCCGACCCAGACGAUGAUGACGACGACAUGGAAGUUACUCCGCACAUCCACCAGAAGCGAGUAGAAAAAGACGUACUUAAAUCACAGCUUAGAUCAAUGCAGGAGCAGCUGGCGGAAAUGCAACAAAAAUAUGUGCAAUUAUGUUCACGAAUGGAGCAACAAUCAGACACCCAAGAGGUAGAAGACAGCGUUAGUGAUAUCAUGGAAGACGAUUCUAACAAUCCUGACCUGACUCCAGACAAGUCUUUGAUGCAAAGCUCACCGGCAUCCACUCCGAUUAAAGAUGUUGGUAAGAACACGGACGCAUCGAGUAUGUUGCAAAUGAUGAGCAAGAUGAUGUCGGCAAAGAUUCACAGUCAGAUGCCUGCACACCAGCACCUGCAAAGUGGCUUCAACGGAACACAUUUAUUCCUGCAACAUAUGCAACAGGCCGGUCUUCCGCAUGAUAGUAUGAGCCAACACAAUCAAAUGAGUAAUGCAGCAAUGUACCAAAAACUGUUCAUGGAACAGGAAGCACGGAUGGUGAAGGAAGUUGCGGAGCAGCAGGAAAGAAACCUGCAGAAUUCCAACCAGCAGUUGCUGCAACAACAAGCUCUACAGCAACAGCAACAAAUGCAGCAGCAGCAGCAGCAGCAGCAACAGCAGCAGCAGCAUCAACAACAACAGCAGGAAAGAAGUAUGCACAAUAACAAUCAACAAAUGAUGCAACAUCAGGUUCAGCAACAACAACAAACUUUUCAACCGCAACUGCAAUCACCUCCACAUCAAACAAAUCAAUCAUCCCAACAGCAGCAACAACAACAACAACAACAACAGCAAAUGCAAUUGCAGCAGCAACAACAACAGCAGCAAACUCAACAGCAGCAAAUUCAACAGCAACAACCACCCCAACCAAGUCAUAUUUCACCACCACAAAUACCACAGCUUCCGCAUUUGCCACAAAUUCCAAAAGGCUCUACGAUUCCAUCAGAUCUAACCAACCGGUUGAACAUGAUGCGAUCGAGCAAUAAUUCGGUGGGACAAAUGUCCGGAUCAGACCUGGAAGGGUUGGCUGAUGUUCUGAAGACGGAAAUCACUGCCUCGCUAUCUAAUCUGGUUGAUUCAAUUGUAACGAGGUUUGUUCACCAGCGAAGAUUUUUGGGAAAACAGUCAGAAGCAGCAGCAGCCGCUGCCGAACAGCUCAACAAAGACCUGAUGAUGGCUUCACAGCUUCUGGAUCGGGCGAAGUCUCCGCGAACAAAAGUGUCAUCCGAUCGUGGAACAAACAUUAACAGCAGCAGUAGUAAUUUGUCAGGUAAUGGGUCAAUCAUUAAUUCCAAUAUUACUAAUGCACCAAACUCAAACGUGGUAAAUCAGCCUGCUGCUGGAAACCCGAUGAUAACCGGUCAGCAGAGUAACGGGGCACGGUUAAACGGCACCACAUUUCCUCCAAUGGGAAUGCCGAUGCAUGUGAACAAUGUGCCCCAGCACGAUCCUAAAAAUAACCUAAAUUCAAUCAAUAUGCCACCUCAUGUACGACCUUCUCCCUCUACAGCUAUGUUCCAAACACCGAAGCCUCCGCAAAACCUCAACUCGGUUGCUGCCGCAGCACUGUACAACUCCAUGAAUGCGCUCGGGAACAGCCAAGUGAAUCCGUUCUGCAUGCCUGAGCCUCGGGAAAAUCCUGAACAAGCGGAAGCGCUCAGCCUUGUGGUAACGCCGAAAAAAAAGCGACACAAGGUAACUGACACGCGAAUCACUCCACGAACUGUAAGUAGGAUUUUGGCACAAGAUGGGAUUAUUCCCUCCGCCAAUCCGAUCCAAUUAGAUCAGAACAACAGCAAUCAAGGUAGCAACAAUAGCAGCAGCAACAGUAACAACCUAAAUAGCAACAGCACCAGCGGAAACAAUAAUAAUAACAACAAUAACAACAGUAGCAAAAAUAACAACUCGCAGCAGCAGUUCAACAGUCAGCCGCCAAGUGUACAAGCAAGUACACCCACUGAGAGCCCCUCUCCACGAGGAUCUUUUCACCCACCACCGCCUUCAAUGCUACCUGUGUCAUUGCCAACAUCGGUGGCGAUACCGAACCCCUCCCUACAUGAAUCUCAAGUGUUUUCGCCCUACAGCCCCUUUUUUAACCCGCAUGGCCCCCCACACGGUGGACCACAUGGGCCACAACCGUCGCAAUUCCAUCACAUGAAGGUAUCUUCGAGCCCACCUGGUAUCAAUGGCAUGAUGGACCCACGCGAUUCUCCUCCGCUACCGCAUCCACCUACCAUGCUGCAUCCUGCACUGCUGGCAGCUGCCCACCACGGCAGUUCUCCCGACUAUGGUCACAUCCGAGCGUCGAUGGAUGUCAACGAUCGAAACUCGGAUUGUAAUUCGGUCAACGAUAUCUCCUACAACGGAAUGGAGCCUACUAUAUCCUUUUCAAAAUUUUCCUUAACUUCGGAGCACUCGUCAACAUUAACCCCAAUGCACCUGCGCAAGGCCAAGCUGAUGUUCUUCUGGGUGCGCUAUCCGAGUUCUGCGGUGCUGAAGAUGUAUUUCCCGGAUAUCAAGUUCAACAAAAAUAACACCGCACAGCUGGUAAAGUGGUUCUCCAACUUCAGGGAAUUCUACUAUAUUCAAAUGGAGAAGUACGCUCGCCAAGCAGUAAGUGAAGGAAUGAAGAACGUGGACGACAUCCAUGUGAGCAACGACAGUGAAAUAUAUCGUGUUCUGAACCUGCAUUACAAUCGGAAUAAUCAUAUCGAGGUGCCCCAAAAUUUCCGAUAUGUUAUAGAACAGACACUGCGAGAGUUCUUCCGCGCGAUACAGAGCGGGAAGGACACCGAACAGUCGUGGAAGAAAUCGAUUUACAAAAUCAUUUCGAGAAUGGAUGAUCCUGUCCCGGAAUAUUUCAAAUCUCCAAACUUCCUGGAACAGUUGGAGUAAAAGCCUACAAUACUUACGAGAUAGCAAAGCGAAAUGAAACAGUCAGCGGCCACCGGCUGCCAACACCAGAAACCUGCAAACACCGAAUCAAUAACCAAAUUCACUGAGGGAAAAGAGUAAAUAAUAAAUUAAAAAAGAUAAAAAGUUACACUUUAUUAAUUAUAAAUUUAAAGCAAAUUAUACAAAAUUGUUAUCUAAACAAAUUUAAAGCAAAAAAAAAAGAAAUUUAAUUUUAGAGAAAAGUAACACAAAGUAUAGAUAUAUUGUUUAAAACGAACGAAAUCACAACAAACUAAACAAAGAACUAAUAAGUGAAGCAAAGCAAAACAAGAUGUAACAACAUUUGUGGUUCCUAUAAUGUAGUAUGCUAGCGUCCAAAAACAAAGCAACUACAGCAGAAAGUAAGAUAAACAAACACAAGCGACAAAGUCAAGUACUUAUAGACGAUAUACUCGCGUUUUGGCCUUCAUUUCCAAAAGUAAAAAAAUUGACAACCAAAAAAACUAUCUAGAGAAAGUAAAACACAACUAAAUUCCAUUCGAAAUCAGCCACAUCACAGAACAAAAUAUUAAAUCACGAAUAGAUGUAACGGAAGAAGCGGAACAGAAACCUCAAAAUUUAAGCUAAAAUCAUAAAAAAAUAACAAAAAACUAAAUUAAACCCUAGUGUUUGUCAUCUAGAACACAGAAACCUCAAAAGCAAAUAAAGCGGGGAAUAUUAUUUCGUGGAACAUUUUAAGGAUCACCCAUUCGGAAUUUCGACAAGAAUAGAAUGACACGUGCGAAUAAUAUGAUAAACAAGAAAGCAUAUAACAGGAGGCACAACACCAAUCGUGAACAAACACGGUAUUUGUAAGCCAUGAUGAUGCAAAGCCAAAGGGAGUAAACUGUAUUGCAACUGAAGCGUUUUUUUCGGAAAGACAAACGUACAGGCACGAAACAAAUAUUAUAAAUAUUGUAAUUAUUUUUUUUGAUCUAUGAGUGGGCGGUUUAAUCAGAAAACAUUCGCUUUAUUCAGUUCAAUUAUUCCUCAAAUGUGUUUCACCUAAGCAAUAUGGUGUAAAUUAUUUGAUUCGAACAAAACUGACGGAGAAUAUAUCAAGCGUUUGAGGAUAGAAUUCCAGAAAUUUAAGCCAUUAGUCUAAGCAGCAUUUAUCACUGAGGAGAUCAGUUGUUUAAUUUCCCGGAGGGAAUCGAAAACCAAAGAACAUCUUUCUGUCACGUCCGCAAACGCAUGUUGCAUCACGACCUUACUGUCACACGCACGCGAUUGAUUGCCUUGUAAAUACAACCAUUGUUUAUUAUUUUCCCAGAUGUAAUAAAUUAUUGUUUAUUUGUAAUGUAUAAAAUUAUUAUCUAAAUUUUUAAAAUAUGAAUCGAAAGAAAAAAAAAAGUUAAUCGACUAGCAAGUUAAAUUGUUUAGGUAGACAAAUUUGUUUUUGUUUUGGUACAACUAUUUCGGCAAACGUUAAAAGGAAUGGAACAAUAAAUGUUUGGCUACUUUCUCAUUAGGUUCUAACAGUUUAUUAUUAGCUUAAAUUGCAUCAUUUUGGCUAAAUGUGGGUCGUUGGCGAGUUCAAAAUUCUACAAUCGAAGUGACACUGUAACUGUAACUGUGUUGUUCCAUGCGUCUCAGACAAUGGCAGAAAGAUGUGUUGGUGGUUUUUGCGCUGAAGGAAGGCCGCUGAUUACAAGCAUUACAACAAUGCUAAAACAGAAUGAAGUAAAAGUAGUCACUUUUGGUGAGAACAAAAAUUGUACAGAGCCGUGUUUCGUAGACAGCAAAAUAAUUUUACACAGAGAGAAAAAAAAUCAUUAUAUUAAGGCUAUGUCUAACCAAAAAAUUGAUUUCAGGAAUGUACAUUUCAUAACUUCUCAUACAGCUUGACAGGCUGCUAUUAUUCUAGGGCUAGAGUUGCAUUGUUUAGGAUAUAAAUUUGACACUUUUCUUACUUUAAUGCAUUUUCAUCAGUCAGGAAGAGCUCCCAAUGAACAUGACUGUUCGAGGCAACGAUUUUGAAUACGAGAAGGGCUUUCGAAAUUCAAGAACCCAAAACUUUUAGGAAAAUUUUUAAGAAAUAAAUUAUUUAAAAUAGUGUUUUAACAGUUGAUACUACUGAAAAGUCUUUCUCGAGAAACGAAAAAUUGCUUGCCUUGAUUUAAAGUUCUUAUCGGAUGCAUUUUCGAAGUUUCAAACAAAAUUCUUACCAAAGUUGAUGAAAAAAAUGUAACAAAACAUAUUUGCUAGUCUUUAAACUUAUGUUCUCAAAAAUAAUUUAUUCAUUAUAUAUACUAAAAAUAUGGCAGUUUGUUGUACAUUACGUAAGCGUAAAAAAUCUUUUUGGUUGUCAAUCAGCAGCCUUACAUAGGCAGAAAUACAUCUUUUUAAGAUACGAGUAUUGCUUACAAAACGAAAUGAAUGUGCACAGGACAGGUUACACACAUGUGUACAGUUUCUGACGAUCAGAAACAUACUGAGCCAACUAUUCUCCAACUUUAUUUAUAUUUGAUUAAUGAAACUGGAGACAUAAGACAAAUCAUACUUUUAUAUAUUUUAAGGUGAGUUUCCUAGUCUUAUGUAUAUUACGAUUCGUUUCCAAAACAAUAACAUCAAUGGAAGCGAGAUCGUUGUGAAUAUCCACUGAAAAAAGUAAUAAUUUUAAAUUUCGGUAUUAGAAACAUCAGUAAAAAUUUCAACAUAUUUUAUUGCAAGAAUGUGUAAAACCGUUUAUUUAAUGUAUAAAGAAAUAUUAGUUAUUUUUGUAUCUAAACCGUAAAUAUCUAUUAUAAUUGACAUUAAUGGAAAAUGUAUAAAAAAUAAUAAAUUCUAAUCGUAUGACAAGUUAACAACCAAAAUUUUUAUGAUUUCCGAAAACUAAUUGGCAAUUAUUAUUUGCUUUUGUUACAAAGUCCUUUUGUUGAUUACUUAGGAGUUUUUUUAUAGCAUGUUGGUUCUUGUCAAUCUAAAAAUUUAGGAAUUGUAUUCCUAAGAGAAACCUAAAUAUAUUUAUUAUGCCAUGCCUUCAAAAUUAAAACGACAAUGUAACUGAAAUUGUGAUAUUUAAAAUAUAGAUCUCCUGGGAUUUGCAGCUCUGUCGGCCAGGACUCAAGGAUUCAGUCGAAAGUAAGCGCCCGCUCAGAGGUUCCUAUAGAUAAAAAACUAACCUUCCAGCGUUCGGUUCGACAGGCUUCACGAAUGGUAAUGAUUUCAAAUGAAAUCAGUUUUGGUAAGCCGGAACCGCACGCCGUCCAAUCGCAAUGCUGUGAUCAAGCGUUAUAUAGCGCUCAAACCCAUACUUUUGGCGUCGUUGGGUUGCACCUGAUCUGGCUCAAGACAUGAGCUUCAAUGCAGGAAAUAGUAAAAAUUAAGUGAAGUUGAACUUUUGGAAUCUAAAAGCAUAAAAUAACAAGACAAAUUAAAACAAAAACACAUCACACACAAGUUUCGGUAUUUUUAGGCAAAUGAUAUCAUCUGAUAAUUUUUAAAUCCAAUUUUCGACCAAAUGACACACGAUAUAACCGGAAAAAUACCGUUGAAGGAAUGCACACGAGGAACUAGUUUCUGGAUUAAAUGACAGGACGAAUCUUUCGAACAUAAAAAGGCAUUUUUUAUUUCUCUUUAGUUAUGGUUUCAUAAUUAUCGCAGGAGUGAAUUAUUCGUAGCGUGUUGGCAAAACAAAUAAAAACUCGAUCAUCCCCCCCCCCCCCCCGUUCAAGCCCUUUGAAUGAUCAGUCAGAACAACCUUGCUGGUCAUCCUAUAAACGAACAAAAUGGCUUUUCUCGGAAGCCUUAAUUCAGCGCUUCGAGAUCCGGUAACCAAUAGCAAACACAAACAGAUACAACAGCAUGGAUGAAAAUAGAUAAGGCAUUAGUUCAUAAGAAGCUCUCAACUUACAAUUACAAUAUAAAUGGUAGUGUUACAUUAUAUUUAAUUAUCCAAGCCAAGAUAUAUCUUACUCUUAUAAUCAGUGUGUUUUAAACGAUAGAAUUGCAAGCAUACAAACAAUAGCCUACUCUCAUCAUAAACAAUAAUCAACCGAAGCAGUAAAACAGAAUUUCAAUUUGACCAUGACUCAGUCGCCGGUUCCGAAGGAGCGAUAAAUUUGGUCGCUGCAUUAUGGAUAGACGCCUGGGUAUUUUUUGGACUCUAAGGGUGCAAACUAUGGCAGAUUGUUGCGAAAAACUCUCAGUUUAUGGGGUUCUCAAUUGACCAAAGUACGUCUGUUCAAUGGGCGGUUCGUGACACUCAUCAGAAGAGGACGCUUCUCUAGACAUGACAAUGCUUGCUAUCUAGGUGAGCAACGCAUGCGUAAUCGGUUUUCGAAUGUCACGUACUUCAGUCAACAUUGACGCGCCAGGAGAUCGAAGGUAAAUUUCUCCCGCCGUCAUUAUUGACAGAAGCGUAAGUUGUGGAAUUCUGUGGUUUUGCGCGAUUUUCAUCACGGUCCAUAACUUUUCCCGAACCCAAUAUUCACCAUCUGGGCGUGAUAACUUCGAAAUAUCUAUCGCAAUGCCUUCUAGAAUGACCGCCCUCACCUUCGCCAUGACGAAUCACUCAAAGAGCGAGAGUAUUGUCAAGAGUAAUAUUCUAUUAUUCAAAUCAGUUCCCAGUCUUUUACGGGAUAUGGAAAUUCACGAACAUUUCUGCCGUAUCCAUCAUUCUAAGAAACGAGUGCGCCCGUUUCAGAUUGGUGGUCCCAUACAGGGAAAUUGCAUGAUUCUCUGAGUCCACCUAAGACCUGUGUUAUUCCGAGAGAUGCAUUCUAGAAUGACAUAACUAUAGUUCUGUGCGCAGAAUUUGGGGUUACAGUGGGUUGGAUCGAGUUAUUUUUUGCAUUCAGCAGGCUUCAUGAUUCAUUCCAUGCUGCUAAAGUGAAAUUAUUUGUUUAUUCUAAGAACAAAUUAAAAGUAAUUAUUAAUAAUCGGACAUAGUUUGGCGAUCAAUUGGUGACUAAAAUGGUAAGUUUGAAACAUGGUAUUUUUAUUUGUUUAAUUAUUGUGAACAUUUUAAGUUUCUUAUGGUUUCCCUCGGAUAUUGUUUUUCAAAAUAAAGGUAAAUUUUUUCAUUUGAUUAUACAACCGUUAUUAAGGUCAAAUAUUUAUUUUUUGUACAGCCCUAUUAGAGUCAUAGUAGCAGAAAAGUCAACUGGAACAAAGCGUCACUGCCAACUCACCACGACCGAAUUGGAAUAGAAACGCCAUGUGAAGUAUACAUGCAGGCGGAUACUCUAGUACUGCAUACACAGAACUAAAUUUAGAAUAGGAAUUCUGUUGUGCUAGAGUUGCUCUUGAAGCAAAGUGGUGUGCUGAGUUUGUGGUGCCGUGACCGUUGAAUUAAAACAAAAAUAACAAACAUUUUGUCAAGUUCUGUAAUGAAAAUCAAUGGCUUGAAUAGUUGGCGAGAAAAAGCGACCAGAAUCCUUACUCAAGUUCAAUUAAAUGAUGACCAACACGCAAAAAGAAUUUUGUAAAGUUUACAAGACCGUCUAAUGAGUUUUUUUAAUGUUUAUGCAACUGUAUGAAUUACAACGAUUUAGCUAAAGCAACCGGUUAUUUAUAUUAGUUCCAAUAAGGAAGCACCCACAGCGUAAACCCUGCUGUAAUUAUAUAAUUUACAGUUAUUGUCAAACACAAAAGAGGUAUGAGAAUCUAUUCAUCAUGUCAUUUGACAUACAAUCUGUUAGUUAGCUAGUACAUGCGAACAAAUUUAGAUCAACAAUAUUUUGUUACGACAAUAAAACGGAUAUUAAGAGCUCAUUUACUUACCGGGUAAAGUAAUUUUGUUAAACGAUGCAACGACCGAUUCUGUUCAGCGGCUUACCAACUUCCAUGCAAACUAAUUUAAUAACAUCACAAAAUGGAAGCUUUUUUUUCUAUAGAUAUAAUACUCCAUCUUACAUUUGAAAACGAACAUGCCUGCCCUUAAGGAGGUCAAUCGUUCCAGUUCAAUACACGUUUGAUUUGAAAUUGUUCGUCUGCAUUGCCCUCCAUGUUUUUGUGGUAGUUCAAUUAUUUUUAUUGAACUUCUUUUUUUUUCAAUUUUAUUGAAUUGAAACAAGUUACAAUUAGAAACUCAAAUACGCUAAAGAGACAAAAACUGUAAAAAUAAAUCAAAAUCCAAUCGCAAUACAGUUUACAAUACUUCAAGAGAAACGAUAGGAACACAAAACAAUAAUAAUGCUAAUAAUAAAUAGGACUAAAUACAUCAUGUUAAGCAGAUAUACAGCCACGAAGUUAUGUUAAAACUAAACCAUAAUAAUACGAUUCCGCGUAACGGAAGAAAUGUUUCGGCGUGUUUUGAAAUCGUUUUUACGAAACCUUUGGCAUGCGAUAAUAUUUAAUUUGACAGCAAAAAUAGGUUUGGAAUGUAAGUUAAGUUUAUUUUCUUUACUGUGUUUGCCAGGAAAUAUUAUCAACACAACAACAACAAUAGAAAUAUAACCGAGAAGGAUUACCACUACCACCACCACUACCACUAUACAGCACAAUAGAGACGGGAAGCUUACAAGCUUUCCCCAUUAAAUAACCGGAUCUGACUGAUGAAAUUUAAAUUGAUGUAACGAGCUCAGGGAAUAAUGAUGCUACCAUUCGAUAUAUUCAAAUACUACCGAACAUAUUUCUUCAGUUUGACAGAUUGAAGUAGUAAGUAAAAAGUAAACCCUAAUUAACAUAAAGAUCUAAAACUCACAUACAAUAGCGUAAAACAUGUAUAAUCAGUAUUUGUAUUUACAGUAAAUAUAAACAUCAUUGUACAAAAAGCAUUCUUCCCCUCUAACCGCCAAUUCUCCACAAGCAAUAGAUAAAUGCAACAGUAAAGAAUGUCACCGUCAAUUGUUAUAGUUGUUGAAAACUUUAUCAACGAAAUAAAGGAAAGAAUAUAAAUAUAUGUCUACUAAAAUUUCAUGAAACUCUUGACACAUACUUUUUUCUAACUUUCUAUGAAAAAAAAAACAAUGCAUAAGCCGCCAACAAGCGAAAUGGAAAAACCAAACUGCGUUAAAACAACAGCAGAAAACAAAAACGUAAUACUACCAUGAAACAGAAAGUUGGAAAGUGGAAGAAACUUCUUUUCAUAAUUUCAUUGAGUUAUAUUCUAACAGUGAAAAAUGCAAGCAGCAGUAGCGAUGCUACGAGAGAUGAAAAUCCCUUGUCAGAAACGAGGGGUAGAUAAGUUGCUUGAUUUAGAGACAAACAAUAAGAAUGGAAUGAAAAAAAAAUUGCAAACACUGUAAGCAAAUUUUCAGAUAAUCAAAAUUGGAAGUUUGAUUUAACACUGGUAGGCAAAAUUUAAUCACAGUGGCAAGAAUACUCAACCAAUGCAAAAAAUAUAUAAAACAACAAUUGAAUAAAGAUUCGGAAAAAAUUGAGCAAACAUUUCGAACGUUUGUAUAAAUACACAACACGAGAGAGUUGGGAUUGUCAUUCAAAAUUUAUCACCAAAAUUGUAUCCAUUUUAAUCAAUUCAAAAUUGAACGCUAAAUAUACAAAUUGCAAAUCAUUUAUUUUUUUCUGUAUUCUCAAUCGGUGUAUUAAUUGAGGAGUUUAAAGUUUCGUAAAUUUGUCAAAAAUAAAAAUUCACAAAGUUUCAAAAAUCCAAAAUCACUGACGAUAUUAAAACUAAAAUAAAAUAAAAAAAACGAUUGAAGAAAAUCAACAAAAAAAAAAUCUGUAUAAACUUUUCAAAGUUUUCAAAUGGUAUUUUUGUAAUUCGAAAUAUCAAUGAUUUGUCAAUUAUAUUCUAUUUUAUUGAUUCUAAUAAGUAAGUUAAAGAGCAAAAAUUAAUGAAACAAAAAUUGUAAUAAUAAACAUCUCCGUGACCGGGCAAUGGCAGGCAGUGAACUGAGAUGUCACAACGUGCUAACCGGUAUUUGACUCAGCAGAACUUCCGAGGUGACUCUGGCCCACCCAUUUUCAAUUACCGAUAGAGCGAAACACAGAAAGCAUCCAAACUUACGGAGAAGCUUCCAUCACUGAUUGCGUUGAGUGAAAAUAAAGCUGGGCGGAUCACUGAGCAUCGGUUUGUUCGGUAGGGGCACUUGAAAUCGGUGCAAGUUCGCUGCAUCCAUAUUCAGUAGCCAAAAUAAGGGUACAAGUCCUCUGGUUAAUCCCCUUUUAGAGGAACAAAAAUGCCUGCUUCUACGGUGUGUCUGCCAUUGGUCGGUUCACAGUUCAUACACUUACACAUUUUAUGCAAAAAAGAUACAUUUAAAUACAAUCUCAAAUUAUAAGACCAAAAUCUGAUCACAAAAUUUAACAUAUAGAAAGCGACAAACAAAUUCAAAAGAAAAGAAUGAAAAAUCUAGACAAAGAGACGAUCGAGUUUCGAUCGUUUUUUUGAUUCUUGAACGCUACUAGAAACUACGAGGUUUAUUUAUUUUUUGGAUGAAUAAAGAAAAAACAAAUCAAAGCAAAUAAUAUAAUGGAAAUCGUUUGGCGAAUCACUUUUCCAACAGUCUGGCUAAAAGAAAAAAAAAACAUCACAAUGUGGACACCCAACGGGUCAAAUGCAAAGAGCAAAACCUAAAAUUCUAGUAUUUUCGGCACAAAACCAGCGAAAAGUACGAUCAUAAUCAAGGAAAACAAAAAAAAAAUACUUUUUUGUUUUAGUUGAAAAAACAAGAUAAACCGGAUCAAUGUGUAACCGUUGAUUUUAUGUUAAAUGAUUGUAAUUAUUUGCUGACCAGUCUUUUCGAAAGAACAAUAUGUUUACACUUUUUUUUAUGUCACAAUCUACUAUGUUCAAUCAUUAACCUUCUUGAUAGUCCGAAGACUAUGCGUACAAGUUCAUGCACUAAUUUUGUUUUAAUACAAUAGAAUUUUAUACAGAUUGCUGAGCAGAUUUAUAGCGGUGCAUUUUGGUGGACUUAUCCGAUUAAAAUCAAAAUAUAUAUUUGGUCAAGCAAAUUUUAAAGGACGCAAUGGUGAAUCUGCUCAGAAUAUAUAAAAUAAACUGGAAUAAUUUCUCAUCGUUAACCAGAUAGCAAUUCUUUCAUUUCCAGUUGAGUAACCAUCCUUAGUUUUAGCAAAAUAAAUACAUAACAUAACAAGAAUAUUAGAAGUUUUUCGGAAAUUUCGCAGUGUUUAAUAAAAUUCUCUCAAAACACACAAAAUAAAAGAUCAAAGACCUUACCUUAAAUGAAAUUCAAAAUUUGUUGACAUAUAACAUCUUGAAAACAAGUAUCAGCGACAAAUAGCAACAAUAAUAACAUCAACUAUAAUCACGGAAGGAAUGAAGUAUACUAACAUCAAAGAUCUGAAAUGACGCUUGAAACAUCUGGAAAAGGAAAAAAAUAUAACAGUACUAAUCAAACAAAUUUUCACUUCUAUUUUUUGCAAUAGUAAAAAAUAUAUUCUCAUUCAUCUCACAGCACCCCUCAGCUGGAGCAUCUGGAUGGUAAUAUAUUGAACAAAGUUUUUAGUUUGCAAUAGAAACCGGAAAAUUACGGCUGGGCCUAUCGAUUGUUGAUGGCUCACAAAUAACCACGAAUACGCAUUCGUACAGAACCGUGGUCGAUAGGUUUGGUCGUAUGUUUUAAUGACAAUACAGAAUGACAUUUUUAUUUCUCAUAGUUUUUCACUCAAACCAACAACAGCAAACAACAACUACAACAGCAGCAGCAAAAGUAACAACAUCAUACAAUAGCAUCACCUUUAGAAGAAAACAAAAAUAUAUCCGGCACAUAAAAUCUUGCCGCCAUAACCAUUCGGCACAAAAUUUUAGUGAGAACAACUUUCAAACAAUGAAGAAAGUUUAAAAAGUUUGUCCAUUUUAUUUGCAAUAGACACAACCCAACUAAACGGAGUGAUAUUACUAUUCCCCGAGAUCCCUGUAUCAAAUCUUUUCCCUAAAUUUGACGCACCGUCGGAAAAAUAGAAUUCCCUCCAUAAAAGAAUAAACAUAACGUGGAUCAGAUUUCUUACUAAUAAGCUCUACGGUGGCACUCGGAGUAAUUUGUCUAUCGAUGAAACUUUUUAUAAUCAUUGUAAUAAGUUGUAUAUAGAACGCUUCGACAGAAAAACCUCCGGGGUCAAGUCUCGUAAACAUUUCUAGCUAAAGGGGGACCAGAAGCCGACUAGCAAUAUCACUCUUAGCGAACAAAUAACACAUAUAAAGAAAAAACUGAAAUAAACCGGAAUAAUUUAAAGUACAACACAACCAUUUUUUAAUAAUAAUAUAUUAAAAUAACAGGAGAAACAAUAGUAAUUAAUGAAACAAGAUGAUAUAUUUAUAUUUUUAUACAAAUCUUAUUACAGACAAAAUCAUGCAACCGUAAAAGCAGUAUUUAAGCAAAGACGAAAGGCCACAUACUGCAAGCAAAAUUUAAAACAAAACUAAAAAACAUUACCCAGAACAUCGGAAGGAGAGAACCGUAACCAGAAUGAUUGAGCAAGAACAAACACACACAAAUAUAUAGUCGUUUAUAUAUUGAAAAUCUUAACCCGUAAAUUUACCAUUAAGCAUCCUUAUUUGAAUAAAAUUUCUUUUCCAAAAAAAAAAACAAAGCAAGAGACAACAUAAUGAAAAAAAUAGAAAUAUGCGCGAACACUGACGACGAAUCAACAAAUUCCAGCUUACAACCGAUAAGCAACAAACCAAAAAAAUCAGCAAAAACUGAAACCUUAAAAAUAAUGCAAAAAAGGUAACACGUAAAUCCACUUCUUAAAACCAAGAGGAAACACUCAGCAGACUGUUAAAAAUGUGAUCAGAUAUAUAUUAUAUAUAUAUUGAUAAAGUAAUCAACUAGAUAAAAAGGUUUAUUUAAUGAAGUAGGAGCAUUAAAUAACUGCUACGCAACCGUGUGAAUGUCAAGAGAAGGCAAAAGAGUAAAACAUAAGAACAAUAUUCAUUGAGACGAAUCUUUGAACGCAAAGACAGCAGCUAAAUGAAUAUAAAAACAAACGUAUAUUUUACUUUUUCUUGUUCUUCUUUUUUACAAAUAUUUGCGAAUAUUCGCUGUUUAAUAUUGAAAUUUUAUAUACAAAAUGUUUUUAUAUAUACACCAAAUUACAGAAGCACACGCAGAAACAAGAAAACAAAGGUAAAUAGCUCCACUUGAGUGAUAACCAUAAAAAAAUAAUAAUAAAACGCAAAUAUUUACUGCGAGUAAAAAGAGUAAAUAAAAGAGUACACAGGAAAAAUCCAAGACGAUUAUAUAUAUUUAUACAAAAUAAGUUUACAUAAUAUAGCGCAAUAGGGUAAAAUUGUUAAAAAAGAAUACGAAAACUUUGUAUUGCGUCCGCUUGCUGCCGUUGCCACUAAUUCAGCUUCAAUGGUCUAAACGACACAAAAUACUAGUGACUAAGAACAAAUCCGCAGCGCAGCGAUUGGUCGUGCCAAAAUACAAAAUUUUCUUAUUAUACAAAAAAACUACUAAACCGGAUUCAGUUUAUAUUAUACCAAUUCAUUUGAAAUAGUCUCUGUACGUUAUUUUGAGCCUCACCGGUGCACCUAUGCCACGGUGCAAUUAUAAAAACUACUUGGGCUGAGCAGAGUUUUUUAAUAUGAUAAUGCAGCACAGUUACUCAGGCGACUGCCAUUGAGCCAAUUGGGGUUUACUCUAUCGAAUGGGUUUCAUAUCUGUAACGGCCACCGCGAGAUUGCUUGGAUUUUUUUUUCUGAGUGAUGUCGCGGUGGCCAGGUCUGAUAAAAUGGGCAUCAAGUGUUCAAACCUUUGUAACCUUUGAUUCGGCGCGAAUUUUUUGAGUGAAGCCACAUUGUUAAAAGAAAAACUACUUUUUCAUGUUUAACAAUUCGUUGGCAACAAUGUCGAUGUUUUCGGAAUUGUUUUAGAAUUAGGGUAGGUAGUGCACAGCUAAUCGAUGUGUUCAAAACAAUCGAACCGAAUUUAAAGUAUUUAAAAUUCGUGCAUAUCUUUCCUUGAAAUGACUACUUCUGCAAGACCGAGUGAGGAUCACUUUCAUCAGCAAGACGUACAGGUAAAACAGGGAUUUUAGCACUUGAUUUUGGAGCAAAUAUUACACAAUUCGAGCAGUAGAUUCCAGCACAAACACGCUCAAAAGGAACGUGAAAUAUUUGUGAUAGCAAUCCACUAGAAUAAUGAUCGAAGCACCCAUUACUAGGCGGGGCUUAUUUACUUAGGAGCCGCAGCUUGAAGCGAAAUUGAAAAGUGGGUGAAGCGUCAAACGUCGAGAGAACUUAACACAAAACUUUUGAGUUAAAGUUAUCAACUACAACUUUUAACCUUGUUUCUAUCAACAUCACCAGAAAUGCAGGGUCGACUUAAUUACCACCUGAUCCUGUGAUUUACUGGACAAUUUAAAAUCAUUGACAGGAGUUAUAUCUCGUAGAGUUUCAAUUUCGGUUACUUGAAACUUUUUACGAGAUUUACCAACAGCAACUAGCACGCCGAACCAUAGAAGAUCAUGCCCGGUCGGCCAACAGCAUCAUCAUCACCAAGUUUCUUGUCUCUGCAGCACUCCCAAACCUCUGAAACCGCGUCAAAAACAUCGAUGCGAACCGGUUAAAUAUGUGUGCGUCAAGCUACGUAUACCAAGAAGCAAGAGGAAAAAGAGAGAACAACAGAGAAAGAGAGGUAAUUGGUGUUUCUCGAAUGAUUCUACCAAACAAUAAUCCCACACAGUGCAAACGACAACAGAGAAGUUUACCAUGGAAAAUUAAAAAAAAAAAAACAA